AGCCAGUCCCCGUCAGUCCCGCCGGCGCGCGCCGGGGAAAGCGCGGCCUAGGUGGAGCGGCGCACGCGCGCACGCGCAGUCCGGGGGCGCGCGCCAGGCGCCCACCCCGCCCCCGCCCGGCCCUGAGGCGGCCUCAGUGAGCCGUGAACAGGCCGCGGGACCCGAGGCCAACUGGGAGGCUGAGUUGGACGUGAACAGGACGUCCCAACCAGUGUCGCCUGCGGCGCUGAGAAGACGGUGUGGCUCGAGAGAGGGUGGAGACGACGACUGUGACGGGCUUCCCGGCUGCCCGAAGUGGGAGUGGUGUGGGCUGCAGGAAGGAGAGAGGAAGAGGAGCAGAAGGGGGCGGCAGUGGCCGCCGCUAACGGCCUCCCUGGGCGCUGACAGGCUGGGCCGGCGCCCGGCUCGCUUGGCAGUUCGCGCUGCCGCCUCGGCCGCUCGGCCCCUGGGCCCAGACUUGCGGCGCGCGUCGGGGCGGAGGGCUGCUCCUGCCGCGCGGGGAGAGGCCCGGACCUCGCCGCGAGGGAUGUGAGUGGGAGCCGCACCCGCACGGGAGGGCCCCCGAGGGCCCAGCCUGGCGGACGCUCGGACCCUUGCCGGCUCCAGGGGCUUCGAAGACCGCGGCCGGCCGGAGGCGCCGGGUAGGAGCAGUCCCUGCGGGCUUGGGGGCGCGUCCUCGUCGCCCGAGCCGUGCAGCGGGUUUCGGAAGCAGGCAAGGCAACAAGAUGUGAUCUCUGUUUCUUUUCUGCAGAAGAGGCCCCUUCCUCCCCUUCCCGCGAAGGCAAGGACCUCCACUACAAUGUUGAAUACAAGUCAUGAUUUUAGACAUGCAUAUUAAAGUUUUGGACUCAAGAAGAACAAGAUCAAUAUUUUGCCCUUAAGCAAAUGUUCUGAAAAAGGCUCUGCAUGGGAAUGGCUUGCCUUACAGUGACAGAAAUGGAAGGAACAUCUACAUCUCCUGUACAUCAGAAUGGUGAUAUUCCUGGAAAUGCUAAUUCUGUGAAGCAGAUAGAUCCCGUCCUACAGGUCUAUCUUUAUCAUUCCCUUGGGAAAGCUGAGGGGGAUUAUCUGAAGUUUCCAAAUGGGGAGUAUGUUGCAGAAGAGAUUUGUGUUGCUGCUUCUAAAGCUUGUGGAAUCACACCUGUGUAUCAUAGUAUGUUUGCUUUAAUGAAUGAAACAGAGAGGAUCUGGUAUCCACCCAACCAUGUCUUCCAUAUAGAUGAAUCAACCAGGCACAAUGUACUCUACAGAAUCAGAUUUUACUUUCCUUACUGGUAUUGUAAUGGCAGCAACAGAACCUAUCGGCAUGGAAUAUCUCGAGGUGCUGAAGCUCCUCUUCUUGAUGACUUUGUCAUGUCUUACCUUUUUGCUCAGUGGCGGCAUGAUUUUUUACAUGGAUGGAUAAAAGUACCUGUGACUCAUGAAACACAGGAAGAAUGUCUUGGGAUGGCAGUGUUAGAUAUGAUGAGAAUAGCUAAAGAAAAGGAUCAAACCCCACUGGACAUCUAUAGCUCCAUCAGCUACAAGACAUUUUUACCAAAAUGUGUUCGAGCAAAGAUCCAAGACUAUCAUAUUUUGACAAGGAAGCGAAUAAGGUACAGAUUUCGCAGAUUUAUUGAGCAGUUCAGCCAUUGCAAAGCCACUGCCAGAAACUUGAAACUUAAGUAUCUUAUAAAUCUGGAAACUCUUCAGUCUGCCUUCUACACAGAGCAAUUUGAAGUAAAAGAACCUGGAAGAGGUCCUUCAGGUGAGGAGAUUUUUGCAACCAUUAUAAUAACUGGAAACGGUGGAAUUCAGUGGUCAAGAGGGAAACAUAAAGAAAGUGAAACACUGACAGAACAGGAUUUACAGUUAUAUUGUGAUUUUCCUGAUAUUAUUGAUGUCAGUAUUAAACAAGCAAACCAAGAAGGCUCAAAUGAAAGCAGAAUUGUAACUAUUCAUAAGCAAGAUGGUAAAAGUCUAGAAAUUGAACUUAGGUCAUUAAGAGAAGCUUUGUCUUUUGUGUCAUUAAUUGAUGGAUAUUAUAGGUUAACUGCAGAUGCACAUCAUUAUCUUUGUAAAGAAGUGGCACCUCCAAUGGUGCUUGAAAAUAUACAAAGCAACUGUCAUGGCCCAAUUUCAAUGGAUUUUGCCAUCAGUAAACUGAAGAAAGCAGGUAAUCAGACUGGACUCUAUGUACUUCGAUGCAGUCCUAAGGACUUUAAUAAAUAUUUUCUGACUUUUGCUGUUGAGAGAGAAAAUGUGACUGAAUAUAAGCACUGUUUGAUUACAAAAAAUGAGAAUGGAGAAUACAACCUCAGUGGUACUAAGAAGAACUUCAAUAAUCUUAAAGAGCUUUUGAAUUGUUACCAGAUGGAAACUGUUCGCUCAGACAGUAUAAUUUUCCAGUUUACUAAAUGCUGUCCCCCAAAGCCGAAAGAUAAAUCAAACCUUCUAGUCUUCAGAACCAAUGGUAUUUCUGAUGUACCAACCUCACCAACAUUACAGAGGCAUAAUAAUGUGAACCAAAUGGUGUUUCACAAAAUCAGAAAUGAAGAUUUGGUAUUUAAUGAAAGCCUUGGCCAAGGAGCUUUUACCAAAAUUUUUAAAGGUGUAAGAAGAGAAGUAGGAGACUAUGGUCAACUGCAUGAAACAGAAGUUCUUUUAAAAGUUCUGGAUAAAGCACAUAGAAACUAUUCAGAGUCUUUCUUUGAAGCAGCAAGCAUGAUGAGCCAGCUUUCUCACAAACAUCUGGUUUUAAAUUAUGGUGUAUGUGUCUGUGGAGAGGAGAAUAUUCUGGUUCAGGAGUUUGUAAAAUUUGGAUCACUAGAUACGUAUCUGAAAAAGAAUAAAAAUUCUAUAAAUAUAUUAUGGAAACUUGAAGUGGCUAAACAGCUGGCAUGGGCCAUGCAUUUUCUAGAAGAAAAAACCCUUAUUCAUGGGAAUGUGUGCGCCAAAAAUAUUCUUCUUAUCAGAGAAGAAGACAGGAAGACAGGAAAUCCUCCUUUCAUCAAACUUAGUGAUCCUGGCAUUAGUAUUACAGUUUUGCCAAAGGACAUUCUGCAGGAGAGAAUACCAUGGGUACCACCUGAAUGCAUUGAAAAUCCUAAAAAUCUAAAUUUGGCAACAGACAAAUGGAGUUUUGGUACCACUUUGUGGGAGAUCUGCAGUGGAGGAGAUAAGCCUCUAAGUGCUUUGGAUUCUCAAAGAAAACUACAGUUUUAUGAAGAUAGGCACCAGCUUCCUGCACCAAAGUGGACAGAAUUAGCAAAUCUUAUUAAUAAUUGUAUGGAUUACGAACCAGAUUUUAGACCUUCUUUCAGAGCCGUCAUACGAGAUCUUAAUAGUUUGUUUACUCCAGAUUAUGAACUAUUAACAGAAAAUGACAUGUUACCAAACAUGAGAAUAGGUGCCCUAGGGUUUUCUGGUGCUUUUGAAGACCGAGACCCUACACAGUUUGAAGAGAGACACUUGAAAUUUCUACAGCAACUUGGCAAGGGUAAUUUUGGGAGUGUGGAGAUGUGCCGGUAUGACCCUCUACAAGACAACACUGGGGAGGUGGUGGCUGUGAAAAAGCUCCAGCACAGUACUGAAGAGCACCUCAGAGACUUUGAAAGGGAAAUUGAAAUCCUUAAAUCCUUGCAGCAUGACAACAUUGUAAAGUACAAGGGAGUGUGCUACAGUGCUGGCCGGCGUAAUUUAAGAUUAAUUAUGGAAUAUUUACCAUAUGGAAGUUUACGAGACUAUCUCCAAAAACAUAAAGAACGGAUAGAUCAUAAAAAACUUCUGCAGUACACAUCUCAGAUAUGCAAGGGUAUGGAGUAUCUUGGUACAAAAAGGUAUAUCCACAGGGAUCUGGCAACAAGGAAUAUAUUGGUGGAGAAUGAAAACAGAGUUAAAAUAGGAGAUUUUGGCUUAACCAAAGUCUUGCCACAAGGCAAAGAAUACUACAAAGUGAAAGAACCUGGUGAAAGUCCUAUAUUCUGGUAUGCACCAGAAUCACUGACAGAGAGCAAGUUUUCUGUGGCCUCAGAUGUUUGGAGCUUUGGAGUGGUUCUGUAUGAACUUUUCACAUAUAUUGAGAAGAGUAAAAGCCCACCAGCGGAAUUUAUGCGUAUGAUUGGCAAUGACAAACAGGGACAGAUGAUUGUGUUUCAUUUGAUAGAACUCCUGAAGAAUAAUGGAAGAUUACCAAGACCAGAUGGAUGCCCAGAUGAGAUUUAUGUAAUCAUGACAGAAUGCUGGAACAAUAACGUAAACCAACGCCCCUCUUUCAGAGACCUAGCUCUCCGAGUUGAUCAAAUAAGGGACAGCAUGGCUGGAUGAAAGAAAUGAACUUCACUCUGAGACCAAAAUAAGAUUUACAGAACAAAGUUUUGUAUUUCACAUUGCUGUGGACUAUUAUUACAUAUAUCAUUAUUAUGUAUAUCAUGAUUUGAGCCAGCAGAAGUGGAAAUAUCUGCUGAAAACUUUCAAAGUUUAGUGAGUUUUUCUUCAUGAAGAUACCAGCCAAAGACAUUGAUGAAAAGUCCUUAGCAAAGAGUUUUGUAAAAAGUUCGUGAACCCUAAUCAGUCAGUUAACAUCACCUUACUUUGGCAAAAGAAGAAAAUUAGACUUUUUUCAACUCAGAAUUACGAGAGAUGAAAAAAUUGUAAAUGUUAAAUAUGCACAGAAUACGUAUGUACAGUUUUUACCACAGUGAAUGUAUAAUACCUCGUCAUCUUGUGUGAUGUUUUACACAAGGGCUGGUAUACAAAAAUAAUGUUUUCUGAUUUUUCCAUAGUUGAUCUAUAGUAACUUCACUAUAGAAACAAAUUAAGAUGCUCAGAUAAUUGAAUAAGCACUUUUGUGUCGCUGUUCAUCUAUAUCACUGGCCAGCAAUAUAAGCAAAUGAAUACUUUCAGCUUGUUGUUCUAUGUACUGUAAAUAUUUUUCAAAGCAAAGGGAACAAAUGUUCAGUUUUAUUUGUACAGGGAAUUUUCCUGACUCUAAAGAAUACAUUUUGAAAUGGAACAAGUUUACAAACAUAUAACACAAUCUAUUUUCUUAUUUGUCUCCCUUGUAUCUGUUUGUGACGAGUAUGUUUUUUAAACAGAACUAUCUCCAGAUUUUUCUAAGACUACAGUGAACAGUUUUCCUUUAAAAUUUUGAGAUUACGAAUGCCAGGAAUGUUGUCAUCCCUUGGGCUAUUGGCUGCCAAUAAGACUCUUCAAUCCCUGGGACCUAAGGUUGUGCAUUAAAUUUAAAUAUAAACCAUAAAAUAGAUUGUUUCUCAUAUAUAUAAGCCUAUUAAGAUGCACAGUAGAUUAGGAAUUUUUUUCUAAAGAAUGUAUAUUUUAGGCAUUUCAGAAAUCUGUUGCCAUCAUAAAAAAGAUUUUCUUUUGUUUGAUUCUUACAUAUAAGGGAGAAAUGAGAGUAAAUUGGUAAAAAGAAAAAAGUAUGCUUAUUAAUUUUACUCAAGAAUGCCAGUAGAAAAUUCAUAAUGUAUAUCUUGAAGAAAAAUGAGUAUUUUUCAAUUAAGUAUAAAGGGUUGUUUGUUAUUGUUGUUUGUUUUAGUGCUACUUCAUUUUAGGCACCAUACCUAAAAUAUGGUGGUGUUUGUUGUGUGUAUGUUAUUUAUACAAAGUGUAAAAUACUUGGUAUUUUGGUUAAAAAGAAAAUAGUUUCUUACUUUACUUUCAAUGCUACAUGUUUUUUUUUUUUAACUUGAACUUAAGACUUUUGAUUUCUAUUUUUUGGAGCUGGUUUUAAAAUGUAUAUUAUAUAAGAAAAAAAUGCCUCAUAUACAAAGUUUGAGUUUUUUGUUGGAAGGGAAGAAAUGCUUUUUAUAUUAUCUUUAAAGCAUUUUACCAAAUAGUAGUUACCAAAUGCACAAAUCAUCUAAAAUGAUAAUAUAUUAGAUCUUAAAAGAUUUCUAGUAAAUAUUAUAUUUUUAUGAAAGUUGAAUAUAAUUUUUAUUUAAUUUGUAAAGACUCCUCCAGGAUCUGUAUAUGUAAUGCAUUUAAGAGAUCUUCUGUUCUGCUACUUUUCAUUCAAAAGUAGCAUAUCAUAUAAUAUGCAUGAUUUCAGAUUUUUAUACUAAAACUUAAGUACCUAAAAGUAGAUUCUUAAAGGUUGAUAACAUUUUGUUUAUAAAAACAAUGAUGUUAACUAGGCUUCUUUUAAAAAAGUUUUUCUUUUAAUGUUUCAGUUUUUAGUUUUGAGAAAAAUCCCACAUAAACAUCUUAAGUUUUUAGAACGGAAUGAUUGCCUUAUUGUAAAAUUCUAAGUUUUCAAGAGAAGUAUUACUCAUUGAGGGUUUUUGAUGUUUUAAAUUUUGAUUCUGAUCAUACAUAAAAGGAAAUUAACUCUGCAGCUGUUUAAUUGGUUCCGCACAAGACACAGGUAAGUAUUGUACCAGUUAAGGCCAAAAUGUUUCUUCAAAUUAAUAUUCUUCAGAAAUGAGGGUAAAGGUUUUCUUAAAAUUCUGUAGUUCUGUAAACAUACCAGUAUUUUAAGUUACAGUCUUUUUUUAUAUAAAUUUAUUUAUUUAUUUAUUUAUUUAUUUAUUUAUUUAUUUAUUUAUUUAUUUUGGCUGCAUUGGGUCUUUGUUGCUGAACACAGGCUUUCUCUAGUUGCGGCAAGUGGGGGCUACUCUUCGUUGCAGUGUGUGGGCUUCUCAUUGCAGUGGCUUCUCUUGUUGUGGAGCAUGGGCUCUAGGUGUGAGGGCUUCAGUAGUUGUGGCUCGCAGGCUCUGGAGCACAGGCUUAGUUGUGGUGCAUGUGCUUAGUUGCCCCAUGGCAUGUGGGAUCUUCCCAGCCCAGGGACCCCUCCAUUGACAGGCAGAUUCUUAACCACUGUGCCACCAGGGAAGUUCCAUAUAAUCUCUAUAUAAAUAAUUCCCUAUAUCCAUGGCUGCCUGCUUUGGGAAAUAGUCACUUUCAUGUUAUUUGUAUAUGCUGCCAGUAGCACUAUAAUUUGCUAUGGAAGAGUACUUUCUUACAGCCCAAGACUUCUGCUUUAAAGUCAAGUGAAAUUUUUACCAAAACCAUAACUUCUGAUAUUUAAACUUUAUUUAAACAGUUUUGUUACAGACAUUAGAAAAUACCUACAGUUCUCUACCUGGGGAGCCAUUCUCUUUGCGGUGGCAUGAUGUGGUCAGAGUGAGACUGUAUUACUUUCUUUAUUGUGCCUUUAGCAUGUUCCCACAAAACUGAAAUAUUGAUGUAAUAAAUAUUCAGAAGUUAUUUUCUUUUGUAUUGUCACCUAACCAAGGAACUGCAGGUACACAUACUGAUUUAGGGAUGUGCAGAGAGAGACUUUUAUAAAGUAAACAUAUCUUUCAAUUUAAAAGAAACACUUCCUAAGAUUGCUAUCAACUACUUUGUGCUAUUUAUGAACACUGCUAUAGCCACCCUAGGUCUGGUAUGUAAAUUAUUCCUAAUGAAAGUUUCUCUAAUUUUCCAGUACAACUUACUAAAAGUUCUUUAGUCUCCUAUAUUAGAAUAAAUAAUAACAGUAAGCAUAAGUCAGCAGAAUUAUCCAAACAAAAGACUAGGUUAUAUGAGAUAAACUUCAUUUUAUUUAAGAAAAAAAGUAAAAAUAUGAAUAUCAGAAAAUACUUUAUACUGACACCCUGAUUUGGGUUGGUUGUACUCAAGUUCAAGAUAACUAGCUGCUAAGUGUUUUAUGGUGCUGACAGUAACAUUACAGAGAUUUCAGAAUGACAGAGAAUUUUUAAACUUACACACUAAUCAAAUUCAUAUGUGUAUCACAUUAUAUACCCAAAUAUUAAAUAUUUUAUAAA